AUCGCCGAUUAGUCAGAAGAGAUAACAAGCUCUGAUAGUAGCACGUUAAUAAAUGGCUGCCCGGAACCGUGUUCAGUGUAUGUCAUACCAUGAACAUGAACAGCACCCCGCAGGUGGUGGUAACCGCCGCAGUCUUUGAGCCUGCCGGCUCCCUGCCACCCGGCACAGUGGUGGCCACUCAGCAACCAAUUGCUAGCCGAAAUCCGAUUGAUGGCUCGCUGAAAGUUGGCUGGCAGCCGAUGCAGGUUCGCUGCCCCUCCUGCCAUGGUGAGGUGCAGACCAGCCUGAUUACCGCCUCCACAAAGACCACCCAUCUGUGCGCGCUGAUACUAUACAUUUGCUGCCUCUGGCCUUGCGUCGUCCUGCCCUACUGCUUCAACUACUGCAAGAAUGUCCGGCAUUACUGCCCCAAUUGUGGCAACUACAUAGGAACCUAUUCGAUCUGAUAUGAUUCAAAAUAAACAGUCAGUGAAAGCUUUUCGCUGUUGAAAGCUCAGCCAAAACGAA